CCCCCCGGCCGCCCUCCUUCUUUCCUUGUUCCUGUGGCUGGGGGGGUUAUCCCCUCCCUCCACACCAUGGAGCCAUCUCCUCUGUCUCCCAGCGGGGCAGCACUCCCCCUGCCUCUGUCACUGGCUCCACCCCCACUGCCCCUGCCUGCAGCUGCAGUGGUACAUGUGUCCUUCCCUGAGGUAACCAGCGCCCUCCUGGAGUCCCUCAAUCAGCAGCGGCUGCAGGGCCAGCUCUGUGACGUGUCCAUCCGAGUACAGGGCCGAGAAUUCAGGGCUCACCGUGCUGUCCUGGCUGCCUCCUCCCCUUACUUCCACGACCAGGUCCUACUCAAGGGCAUGACCUCCAUCUCGCUGCCCAGCGUCAUGGACCCAGGGGCCUUCGAGACUGUUCUGGCUUCAGCUUACACUGGCCGCCUCAGCAUGGCCGCUGCUGACAUUGUCAACUUCCUCACUGUGGGGUCUGUGCUGCAAAUGUGGCACAUUGUGGAUAAGUGUACUGAACUCCUCCGAGAAGGCCGGGCCUCAGCUACCACCACCACCAUCACCACUGCUGCGGCCACCUCAGUCACUGUCCCUGGUGCUGGGGUGCCAUCCGGGAGUGGGGGCACUGUGGCCUCUGCCACCAUGGGCUCUGUGCGCUCCCAUGCCUCCAGUCGGGCCAGUGAGAAUCAGUCCCCUAGCAGCAGCAACUACUUCAGUCCCCGGGAGUCUGCUGAUUUCUCAUCUUCCUCCCAGGAAGCAUUUACAGCUUCUACAGUGGGUAGUGUGGAGCGUCGUGGAGGUGGGCCUGUAUUCCCAGCCCCUGUGGUUGGGAGUGGGGGGGCUACUUCUGGAAAGCUGCUGCUGGAGGCAGAUGAGCUAUGUGACGAUGGGGGAGAUGGGAGAGGUGCUGUGGUCCCCGGGGCUGGGCUGCGGCGAGCCACCUAUGCACCCCCUAGCAUCAUGCCUCAGAAACGCUGGGUAUAUGUGAAGCGGGGUGGAAACUGUCCAGCACCGACACCCCUGGUUCCCCAAGACCCAGAUCUGGAAGAGGAUGAGGAGGAGGAAGACCUAGUGUUGACCUGUGAGGAUGAUGAAGAUGAAGAGCUAGGGGGCGGAUCCAGGGUUCCAGCAGGGGGUGGACCUGAAGCUACCCUUAGCAUAAGUGAUGUCCGGACCCUGACAGAGCCUCCAGAGAAGGGAGAGGAGCAGGUCAAUUUCUGUGAGUCUUCUAAUGACUUUGGCCCCUAUGAGGGUGGGGGUCCCGGGGCAGGGCUUGAUGAUUCAGGGGGGCCAACUCCCUCUUCCUAUGCUUCCUCCCACCCUCCUCGGCCCCUGCUUCCGCUGGACAUGCAGGGCAACCAGAUCCUAGUCUUCCCAUCAUCUUCAUCCUCCUCCUCACAGGCUCCAGGCCAGCCACCAGGGAUCCAAAGUGAACAUGGGGCAGUGACCCUGGGGAACACAUCCACAGGGGGUCUGGGUGUGCCCAGUGGCCCUGGUGGGACCCCUGGAGGAACAGGCAGUGGAGAUGGGAAUAAGAUCUUCCUGUGCCACUGUGGGAAGGCCUUCUCCCACAAGAGCAUGCGUGACAGGCAUGUGAACAUGCACCUCAACCUGCGGCCCUUUGACUGCCCAGUGUGCAACAAAAAGUUCAAGAUGAAGCAUCAUCUGACUGAGCACAUGAAGACUCACACAGGCCUCAAGCCCUACGAAUGCAGUGUCUGCGCCAAGAAGUUCAUGUGGAGAGACAGCUUCAUGCGCCACAGGGGACAUUGUGAACGCAGGCACCGCCUAGGUGGGGGUGGGGCUGGGGCCCCAACAGGACCCGGGGGCCCUACUGGACCAGCCUUGCCUCCCAAGAGAGAGUCCCCUGGGGUGGGUGGCGGAAGCAGCGAUGAAGCCAGUGGAGUCACCACACCUUCCAGCCGCAGGGUCUGGUCCCCACCCAGCGUCCCCAAGGUGGAGAUGGGUUUCAGUGGGGGUGGAGGAGCAAAUUGAUGGGUGGUAGCUUUCAGGGAAGAGGGAUUAGGGAGAAAGAGCCAGGGGGCUUGGUCCCCAGAUGACCCCCCACUACACUUACUGUCUUCCUUAUCUCUUUGGACUUGUAUAUAUUCUGGAGGGGGAAUCACAUUGCACCAUGGGAAGCCCCAUUCCACUCCAUAGCCCUGUAGAGUAUUCCCAGAACCAAGCCUUUCCUUCCCCUCAGAUGGGAACACUGAAGCCCUAGCUCCAGAGUAGGGCACAAAUGGGGGGGGCGGGAAGGGGAAAGGGGCCUGUUGAGCAGCCUGGAGCCACAAGGUCAAGGGUCAGGUGGUUGUAGUCUGUACCUGAAGUCUGUGUUGUAUUGUUGUGGGAACCAGGCCUUUGAGUCACACCCUUGUCCUAGAAUCUACCCUGUUCCCCCUCCCAAGGAUGUGCCCUUUAUUUCUACCCUAUCCUUCCUCCUACCCUCCUUUGGUGCCCCCCCCCACUCCAUCAUCACCACCACCACCACACACACACUCAAUUCUCACUGAGGAGGGGUUGGAGAGAAG